AUGUCUCACGGAUUACUCAUCACAGCUGCUCAGGAAGCUGAUGUUCCAACCAGUCCUUAUCUCACUACACCAGAUAGCCCUGGUCAAAGUAGCAAGUUCGACUGCGUCUUCUCUCAAGACGGUCUCCUGACCUCCACUCCUCCUGCUACUUGGAGCAAGGUCCUCUCUCCUGUAAACUACUCUUCUGAUGACAGCGCUUACUUUGGGUCUCCUCCCCCUACCCCCGGAGACAAUAACACUUUCACUGACGUCCCUUCAAUUAAUCUCGCUUACCAUCCUACUGCUCAGUUUAAACCAGAUGAUUUACCUAACACCACUUACCAACCUUCAUAUCCUAACUCAGCAAAUCCAACAACUUUCCCGAUCCUACCAAAUGACCUGAUGGAUUUCUACCCUGCUAACUACCAAGUGGACCCCAAGUACCCGCUGAACCAGCCAUAUACUCAUCAGUCCGAAACUCCUUACACCCACCCUGCUUAUCUGGAGAAUCUACAGAACAAGAUCAUGAGGAGGAAAGGCUCAGCUCGCUGUGACAAGGAGAAGUCCACUCUGAACUACCUGAAGACACUGGCUAGAGAGGAGCAAUACGAGGAGAUGUUCGUUAUUAUCUCCAACUUCCAAUUCUCUGAGAGAAAUCACUCCUGGUUACAGACCCUGUGGUUGAGAGGUCACUACGCUAGAGAAACUCAGAGACUUGGUCGACCACUGAACCCAGCCGACAGGCUCAGACUCCGCAGACUCCAACCCUUCCCCCAAACCAUUUCUCAACCUGACGAUUACGAAAGUCAGAAGUUUGCUAAAGACUUCCUCAAAGUGUUCUACGGUAUCAACGAGUAUCCUUCUCCCGGCCAGAAGAUGAUGUUGUCCACACGGUGCCGGAUGACCUAUCACCAGGUUAACAGCUGGUUCAAGAACAGGAGAGCUAGAGACAGGGAGGCACCCGAACUGGUCAAGGUGUCCCCUCAGCAGUUAGAUGAGACGCUGGAUAUUCUCAUGGACAUAAUCAAGUCCGAUGAAGAAGUGAUAGAAGUGAUAGAAGUUUGA